AUGGGUCAACUUAGAGAUAUGAUGAUGAAGCUGAUGGCAAGGCUGAGGAAGAUGUGGGUAAGUCCAUACUCUGGAAACAUUUGCCGUGCAUUUAACACCUAGGCCUUCAGUGCCGUUCCACUUAGUCCUACCUUAAUUAAUACACUUACUAAUACCAUUAAUCUGACAUCAUGGCAUGAGAAUCCAUCAGAAUCACGCUUAAACCCUGCAUCACCUAAAUAUGGGCUAGUCAAGCAACACAUAAUUCCCAGAGUAUAUAAAACCAAUAAACACACAUUCACAGCUAAGAGUAGGAAACUAAGAUCACAGAUACUGUCAAAACUCACAAAUAAAAGGCGAUUUUAAGAUGUAAGUCAACAAAGGGCCACCAAAAGUACACUAUGUGAGCUAAAACAAGUUUGUCCAAUAAAUUGCUCAUUGUCACCAUUAAAGAUAUAAAGCUUGCACUCACCAGUACGGAUCUCCUCCGCAGGGCCUGCUUAUUUGAAAAUAAAAUCUGUCCUCCUUUCUUUUCUUAAGAGGACUUCACUGGCUGUGUUGUACAGUUUAUCUGUGCAUUUCAGUUCCAUCGAUAAGACCUUUUCUGUGGCCACGGAGGCUUAUGCUGUCUGUCAUGUUUCUAUACAGAGAAAUACAGCGAUAGCUGUUGGUAGCUAACAGAUCUCUGGUUUAGUUCGAGGUUUUGCGAAGUACUGCCUUUUAGGUUCUAAUGAGUGCUUAUCCAAUCACAGGAUGCGUACAUGUCCAGUUCAGACCUUCUAGCUGUAUAUAUAUGUAUAGAUAUAUAUAUAUGUAUAUAUAUGAAACUGUGACAGGUCCAUCUAAAGUCACCUUUGCGGUCUCUCUUAGGAGAAGUCCAGGAGUGCAGCAAGACCAGCUUUGAAGAAGAGACAGAAGUUUGCAAAAAGACGAGCAAAUGAUUGGAGUAAGUCCAGACCUAGAAACACCAGUAAGCCUUUUUUUAGAGUCAGUACUUUUAAUUUCAGGUGUCUCCUUUGUUUUCUCAUGUGAAGAGGGACAUUGGUUGACCGGAACAGGACCAUCUAACAAGACACCGAAGUCUGCGGCUAAGCCAUGGGAUGAAGGUGAGUGUGAGGAUGAAUGUGGUAGGUCCAAGUUUGUUUUGUAAACGUAGGUUAUGAAGUAAAAACCAAACUUGACUUGGGUCAGUUCUCUUCUUAUUGUCUAUGUUAUUGAGCAGGUCUAAAAGAGUUCAUUGGAUUUGUUUUUUUAAAGUUCUGUGGUGUUGCCCAGCACUGUCAGUCCAUCCUGUAUUUCUGCAGCCAUGGAGCCACGUUUCUAAUGUCAAGUUUACUUAAGCUAGUAGCAAGAAGAACAAAAGGAAUUUUCCACCAAGAUGAGCAGUUAUUUCCCUUUCUUCAGACCAUUAAAUGUUAAUUUAAUUAUAGUGUUAAAGUGAAAGGGAAACAUUGAAAUAAGUUCAUUUUUAACUAAAAAGUGAGCAGUGAUGCACUAUUACAUGUGGACAUUAGUGCUAUAAUUCAUAUAGAAUUGUUGACCAGUAAAUUAGUAUUUGUCCUCCUCACAUUCAGGAAAAUGGUCAGCACCCAUGUGGAACUACUAUACUGCUCUGAGUUUCCACACAGGGCUGCUAAGCGGUUGCAAAAAACACACUCAGCUCAGAACAUCAAAGCAGCGAUAAAUUUAAACAUCCAUGUACAGGAGAAGCAAGAGUUUAAAGACCCACUGCCUAUUUUACUGCCUCCUGUUAGUGAACAUCUUAGUUUCACAUUUUAAAACAAUCUUGGACACAGACGAGGAGACGAGAGACAAAUACAUAAAUGUUCAGACUAACUCUUAUUGCAGAUAUGUCACUCUUUUCUAUUCUCUCCUUCAUAAUAACUUCAGCAGCAGCAUCUCUCUGAACAAUCACAAUAAAACAUGGUGGAUUAUCUCAUAAUAAUAAAUUAAAUAAUAGAGCUAUGAUCAGAAAAACAAACACACAGUUGCAGGACACAGCAGCAAGGUUUAACUUUCAAACUUUGUAAAACCCUUUAAGUGGAUUUACACUGAAAAUGCAGUUAAAGUUUGGUGUUCAUACUAGAUGCAUGAAACAUUUGAGAUCACAAGGUAUAUGUAUUUUGCCAUAAUCUUUGAAAAUAGCUGUAAACUGCUCCACAAACAGGACCCUGCGUGAAGCUGUGAGACUCACUAAAAUACCUGUGUCAGCAUUAUAGUCUGUCUUUAUUGUUCAUCGGAGCUUCAGGCGAAGCAGAACUACCUGACUCCAAAACGAAGUGUUUCAGACAGAGGCUGAAAUAACGAUAUCUAGAUACACAAGAGUGAGAAAUUUUAGGCUUUUUGAUCUGAAAAUCACGUAAAACUAUUGAAGAGAUAUCAGAAAAGGAGUAUAGAAUCUGAGAAAAACUGCACGACACCCCCCCUUUAAAUUUAUGCUCCAAAUCAAAAAGCUGUUAAAUGAAUACUUCAGUAUUUCCAUUAACACAAUUAUUUUACAUUCUAUUUAUCAAAAUGUUUGUGUUUACAUGUUUGGAUUUCUCUUGAUGUAUUCACCAGAGCUGUGCAUGCUGAAGAGACCAUAGUUGGUGUGAGACAUUGUCGCUCCUUUUAGACAUCGUUUAAAUCCAUUCAGGAUUUUCCCGCAGUCUGAGUGCCAGCCUUCUGUCUAGCUUUGCUCUGUCUCUGUAGUUUAUGAAUCCAAAAUAAAGCCACACCUCUGUUGUAAAGUUUGAGAUGUCUAAAGCGCAGCUGCUGGUUCCACCAUGUUUAUUUGGGGCAUAGAAAGCAAAUCUUGUUGCGCAGAAUUUUGACUUGUGAGAGGAGUAAUUGUCAGGAAAAGGAAGAUUAAAAGAUCACUCUCUGGACUAAAUGAAUUGAAGAAUAAGAAUCAAUUUAAAUAAAUCAAAUCCAGUCCUAGUUUCUAUAAAUAUGUGAAUCUGUACUCAGAUCAGCUUCUUUGUUCUCUGUCUUACAGGUGCUUCAAAAGGACGAACUAAAAGACCAUGGUCAAAGGAGGAGAAGGCUGCAGUCCUCCGAAGCAUGGCUAAACUUGUGGCUUUGAAGAGGGUCCUUGCAAAAGUCAAAUUGCAGCAGCACAUUGGAAAGAAGUCGCCAACCCUCAGCAAUCGGACAUGGCAAGACAUCAAGUACUCUGUUUACAGUAAAAUCAAAACAGCAAAGCGAAAUCUGUUUAAGUGUGAAAGGUUCAGGUCCACUUCAUGGUUUUGA